AUGCGUUUAUUAGUGGCCUUGUUGUCUCUAUUUUCGCUGGCGAGCGCCCAGUUUGGUUUCUUUGACCAAAUGUUCGGCCAGCAGGAGCAGCACCACGGCCACCACCACCAGCAACAGCAACAGAAUAAUCCGAGCGACGCUUCACAUUAUCACGCGCGCUACGAAGGCUCCGUCUGCGACAAGUACCUGUGUCCCGAUUCGCUCGCGUGCGUCCAUUUUCCACACCACUGCCCCUGCAUCUGGGAUCAGCAUGAGGAUAAAUUCGAAUUUGGCGAGGGAAAACGUCUCUGCGCGUCGAGAGGUGGUUUCAAGGACGGCGAGGCCGCGCGAAAGAUUGAGCUGGCACGUAAAGGCUUGUUGUAA